AUGGCCACAUAUUCUAAGAAAGACUUCAACACUAAACACUACAAUGAUGCUAGACCCUCUUAUCCUCCUGCUUUUUACGAAACAUUGAUGGACUAUCAUGGAUCCUCUCGUGACUUAGCAGUUGACAUUGGAUGUGGGUCAGGGUUUGUUACCUUUGCGUUGACAAAGUAUUUCAAAAAGGUUAUUGGUACUGAUAUUAGUGAAGUGAUGGUCGAACAGUGUAGAGCUGAUCCCCGUACUCAAAAAAGUGAUAAACUCGAGUUUUAUGUUGGUGCGGCAGAGGAAACUCCCUCUGUGAUCAAAGAAAACUCGGUAGACUUACUUACAGGUGCUGAAUGUUGUCACUGGGUUGAUCACCCAGUUUUCUUCAAGGAAAGUUGGAGGAUUCUAAAACCAGGUGGAACUUUGGCGUUUUGGUUCUACAAAGACCCGAUUUUUGUUGAUUUCCCAGCUGCUAAUGAUAUUUAUGACGAAUUUUGCUAUGAGUCUCCAGAAUAUAUGGGACCUCAAUAUGAGCAGCCAGGGAGGGCCUUGCUUAGAACAUUGAUGAAAGAAAUUGAUGUUCCCGAAGACUUGUACACUGAUAUUACUAGAGUUGAGUACGAGCCUUUGAGAGACAAGACUCCAAACACUUUGUAUAUCGCUAAACGAAUCAACCUUGCGAUUUUCAAGGAGUAUGUUACCAGCUGGAGUGCCUAUCAUAACUGGAUGAAGGCUUAUCCAGAUAAGAAAGAUGUUGCGGAUCAGUUCAUUGAUAAGUUGGCACUGACACUUGGCUGGGACGAUGACUUCGAGUUCACCGUUGUGUGGGCCACUGUCUACACGUUUGCCAAAAAGAAGGGUUGA